GCGUGCCAACCGCCAGAAAAAAACAUAAAGAAGAAGAAGAGAAAGCAUUCUGCUGUUUUUGUUUUUAGACGCUCAUGCUUGGUAGAAGUGAAUGAAAUCAGCUGAGAACUCCCGGGUUCCUGCGCUCUGCUUUAGCCUGGGAUGUUUGUUUUCUUUGGCGGGACCGCACCGCCCUCCGGUUUUCUGUGGCGUUUUCCUCUGACCUGUCUUUAUUGUUUCUGAUAUGAUGUCUAUGGAGGACUCUGUCUUGCAGCCGCCCGAGAAUGGAAACGGAGCCCCAGGAGGCCGAAGACUGCCCUGCCCGAUGACCGGAUGUAAGCGCAUGUACGCGGAGGCGGCGGCUUUAGAGAGACACGUCAAGGACCAUGAUGCCCCAGCGAAGUCCCUGCCCGCUAUGGAUCCAAGAUUCAAGGCCCUCCCCUUCCUCUCCGAAGAUGAACGUCAGGACAUCUACAUGAGGGUAGUUGCAGAGGCAGGAGAAAGCCAACAAACAUUUCAGGAACGAGCUGAAACUGAGACAGAAGAGCCUAAUGAGGUGCCAGUGAAGGACAACACUUGCGUCAAUAUCGAGAAGCAAGACAUUGCUACUAGUCCGCCCACAAAGAAAGCAAGGCAGUCAUGCAGUCUAGCAGAUCUUCUAGGUCAAACAUACAGUACAGGUAAAAAGUUGCUGUGUUCCACCAGCGGCUGCACCGCUUCCUUCCCCAGCAUGCAGAAACUGAUGGAGCACACCAGGCACCACUACAAACCCAACAUCUACUUCCAGUGUGAGAGCUGUCGCACCAAACUGCGGUCCUACAAAGGCCUCCUGGCACACCUGCAUACCUGUUCCAAAAUGCCGCGGGCUAAACCAAAAGCUGCCGAGCCUGCGGCCCCUGUGCUGGCUGCCGUGGCGGCGUCCAACAUGACCCCCAAGGCCGCUGACUUGGCACCCCCUCGGCUUGAGUCGGUGUCGUCGCCGCAGAUUCCCAUCCAGAGCACACACCCUGAUGGAUCGCUCCCUGCCGCUGCCCCUCUGCCAGACUCCGCUGACCCCCCUGUGCUCGGUCCACCCAUCUUGACCCUCCAGGAACUCCCUCCUUCUCAGCGAGUCAUCAAAGAUUCUUCCCCGCCUCCUCUCGUGGACAAAGUCUGCAAGGCGCCGGCCUCUGUCGUUGCUCCAAAACCAGCUGCUGACCCCUCCGAUGUCCAGAGUCAGCAGCAGGUGCAUGUCAGGACCCACGGGGCUGUCCACGCUGCUCCGGGAUCCGCAACCUACACGCCUUUUGCAGCUGUCUGGAGGAAGAAUCAAGCCACAUCGUGCCACAGACGUGUCCUUUGGGAGCACACCAGGGGGCGCUACACCUGCAUCCAGUGUGGUCACACCGUAACCAACCGCAAGGAAAUGACUCAGCACAUCAACAGCCAUCACAGCAGCACCAAGAGUGCAGAAGAUGCAGGAGGUUCUGUCACCAAGGCUCAGUGACGAAGCGGAGCAGUUCUGUCCACUCCCGGCCUUGAAGCAGCAAGCCGUUUUCCAGCCGAGAGCAGAGCGAAUACAGAUAGUUUUCAGAGAACGAGAUGGUAAAGAUGUGCCUGUUUCGCCUCCACAACAUAGCAGCAUCGCCAUGAGAUCAAGACAGAGUUUAGUGAUGCUUGAACUGAAAGUGGAUGAUUCAGCCCAGAGGCAGAGGUGGUUGGUGCUAUUUUCAAAUGGAGCAGAAUCAUUACGAUAUUCUUAUAAUGAAAGAUGUUCAUUACAACAUAAAGUACAUUUCUUUUAAUAGCCACAAGUUCAUCUUCUCCAAUUUCAUCCAGUCCAACUUUGUUUGUAGAGUACUUUGAGAUUCUGCAGCGGAUCAGUUCUGGUUCUGUCAGUAUGAUCACAUCUAGCCACCGAAUGCAGACUGCUGGCGCAAAGUUUGGCUUUAAUUCGCUUUAUAAUAAGCUUAAUACAGCAAGCAUUUUAAAAAGACAGACCAACCCAGAUCCUCUUCCUUCUGCUGAGAAUAGACUGAAAAUUAGGUUUUUAAAAACUGGGUCAAAAAGAAUCUGCAAUGACAGUUAUUUAAUAAGGCAGAAACUUUUCCAAGUUAGAAUCUGCUUCCAUAUGAAUUCAAAUACCGUGUGCUCUUUUUGUGGAGCAGGUAGAAAAUAAAUGUCAUUAAAAGAAAUAAAACAUAUAUAUAUAUAUAUAUAUAUAUAUAUAUAUAUAUAUAUAUAUAUAUAUAUAUAUAUAUAUAUAUAUAUAUAUAAUUUUUUUUUUUUUUACUUAGUUUUAACCCAUGUGACAAUAGGCUUUGACCUGCUUGUUGUGAUGAAAGACUUUCUCCUGCUGUUCUAGUUUAGCCCAGUGAUGCCUGAUUUAGAGUUGUAAUAAAUGGAACCCAUCAUCCUUCA